AUGGCUCGCGAGGUUCACGAAGUCGAACUUGCGGGUUUGAGUGUAUCAUGGCUUGUGAAUCCAGAUGUCAAAGAACGAUUGAUGGAGGAAGGGGCCAAGGGCUUGAUUGUGCCUCCAGAGGGGGAAAAGGUUCCCAUCUGUAUGCAAUCAACAGCUGUCGCCAAUGAUAUGUUUCUCAAGCCCGUCAUGGUUCAGAUGAGGGCGGCCAGGAGCUUGAAAAUCCCGUCUGUCGAGGCCAUUGCUCAGGAGCUGUCUGCCCUUUGGUACAAGUACUACGAGUCUAAGGAGAAGCGGAAGGCUGCAGCAGCAGGUCGACCGCCGAAACUUCCUGCUGAGUUUCGUUUGCCGGAUGCAGUAGCAGCUGUAUGCCACACGGAUGCGAAGCACAUGAAGAGUUUGUUGUCCAUGUGCAAGAAGCAGUUUCAGAGCGACAGAUCAGAUUUGGCCUAUCGCCACAUCGUCUCCUGCUUCGGAGUCAAGGCUGAGUAUCCGGAGUUGGACCCGGAGCAUGAGCCUGAUUUGGAGCCGUUUGAGCCUGAAUCGAAUGAUGGGGGUGAUGCCCCGGAACCGGAUGAUGCUAAUGACUGUGUGUGUAUCAGUGGCAUGGAAGCUGCCUCUCAAGCCAAACGCCGUAUGUUGGAGAAUCGCAUUGCCAACAUCCGAACAAUGCUCGAGGAGAGGAAGCAUUCCGCUGCUGCUACUGUUGCUGCCCCGGAAGAACCCGGGCCCCAGCCGAUUCAAAAUGGAUCGCCGAUGGAUGUUGAGGAGACCCAGGUGGUACAGCAGGAGAUGGUCGUGGACCGUCUUGAUCAGUUGGCUUUGCAGCAACGCAAGAAGGAUAAGGGACCAGAUUCGGAGGAGAAUCACCAAGAGGAUUGGAGUGAGUGGGGACAGGAGGAGUGGGCUGAGGAUGGGGAGGAACAGGAGUGGGAUGAGGAUGGGGGCGAAACGAAAUGUCCGCCCAAGAAGAAGAAGAAGACGAAGACCCCCAAGAUCCUGAAAAGGCCAUCUGCUAUGAUUUCAAAGUCAACGGACGAUACGAAGUGGGAUGGAGACAAGGAGAAGGAGGAAGAGCUCGAGAUCAAAGCUUUCAUCCACGAGUACAAUCGCACCCCGAAAGCCACCCAUAAGAUUAUGGCCUACUGGUCUCGAAGUGGCUUUGGGCUCUUGGUGGUAAACCAGGAGGACACGAACCAGGUGGCCUACUGUGGAUCCUCAAAGGUGGAUGUGAAGUCCAACUUCUUGCCCAUCAAGCAGCUCGCUCUUGAUCUUCUGAAUGGUUUCGACGAGAACGAUGCAUUCGCGAAGUUUCAGGUUUCCAAGGCCCUUUUGUACGAUGCUCCCGGCGAGGGAGAGGGGGCCUGA